AUACUAUUGGAGAUCAGUUAGAAUCAAUAACUAAACCUGAUGAACCGAUAGUUCUUCCUUCAUCCAAAACCUCUAUAUUAGAUAAUUAUCACUUAACCUGUUUAUUUAAAACACCUCUAUUAUCUCCAGUUCAGUUUAAAGAUAAAGAUUUCAGCUUAGAAUUACUAUUUACACUACCUAUUCCCUACAACAUGGCAACUACGCAACAUAUCCUUGACUAUCUUCAGGCUAAUUAA